CUCGAAGGAAAACUUUCAGAAACAACUCUCGAGUCUUCACCUCAGGCUCCGUCGGAUUCUUGAGUUUGAAUCUUCCCCCCUGUACGGCUCUGCGCCCCCUAAUGACUGAACACCAAAGUGCGAGCUCGGGGCAAGGACCCCAUAAGCUGGUUCCUUCGUUGAAUUUUGUGCUGAGCCGCAGAGCUCUCGGAUUCAAGGUUACUUUCGUCUUCAUUGUGUGCUAGAUCUCUGUGACACCUUUCGAAGCUACGGUGUCUUCAUAAACUUUCAUAGAGAGAGACCGUUGUCCGGUGGUAGCAAAAAGCAGAAGUAAAGGAAGGCAAUCAAUUGCAACUGCUUUCAGUGAUCUGCAAACAUCUGGAUUGCCAUUGAGAGGCAGAGGAUAGUGCCUGACUUCCUUAAAUUCUCCACGCAAAGUUCUUUGAUUGGUGUCUACGCUCCAUGAGCCGCUGUGAUACCUCCAAAUAUCUCAAAACUCAACAGCUGCUAGAGAGCCUUUGUGAGAAAUUCAUCGCCCACCACUAGCACCAGUUGCUUUGCCAAGCUCCUACCUUGGAAAGAGUCACCAGUCCCCAGUCCCAGAACUUGCCGUACAUUUUCUGCAACGGACUUUUACAACAUUCAGUGACUGGACGUCAGGAAUUAAUUCUGAACAGGAACAAUGCAUCGCCGUUUGGGCUCCGGCGAGCUCUCGGCAAUUGCCGAGAAGCUCUUUCAGGGCGUGCCAAAGAAGGAUCGCCGGGUGGGGUUCCGGAUGUAUAAGCAGACAUUUCAGGGAACAGAGGCGGUGGAGUUCUUUUUAGAUGAGGGGCUGGCGCCACAUGAUGUGUCCGCGGUGGAAUUGGGGCAGCAGUUGCUUGCGGCAGGAGUCAUCAAACAGGCGGUUGACAGCUCCCCAGGCUCCCCCGGCUUUAAGAACUCUACGAGUGCGCUGUACACGUUCUCCUCCUCUUUGCUGCCCCAAGCCUCAAUAAACGAGUCGUCACCCAGGGAGAUGGUGCUUGAAGAAGAAGACCUUACGAACGUGGUUAGCGCCCUAAGACAGGGCCUUGUGAUCAAGGAUCGCACGGUGAACCUGCGCAAGUACAAGGACUGCUUUGAGGGGGUGGCUGCAGUCAAGGUGCUUCUUACAACGGGGCUGGCAACGUCGGAGGAGUGGGCAGUUGCGAUUGGGAACGCGCUAAUGCAGGAGGAGCUUAUCCAGCACGUGAACAAGAACCAGUCGUUCAAAAACACGGACUCGCUGUACCGCUUCACCCCCAACGCCGACAAGUACAUGACCUACAAUGCGACCCCCUCUUCGCUUUCCUCCCGUCGCUCCCUCGACGGCUCUCCCGUCCCCACCGUCUCCCCCUCACUCCGACCUUUGGACAGCGGCCCCCUCACCCCCCCUCAAUCUUCCGAUGGAGACCCCUUCAGCCAGCUCAUCACCCAGUCCUCCCGUCGAAGCACGGAGGGAGCCGACGUCCCUGGGCCUCUGCCGGUGGCGUUGCCAAGCGGGGGACAGGCCAGUUGGGCGGAGGGCAAGUCGCAGGCGUCGUUCAUCACACGUGGCGGAACCACGUUGUCGGGGCAGGCGUUCGAGCACAGCGGGCGGCGGCAAGCGCUCGACAUGGUCCACUUGUACGAGUUCCAGCAGCCGCUCAAUUGCUGUAACAUCACAGCUAUCGCGUUUGCAAUUGCCGCUCUGAGCGUCCCAACAACUGUAGAGGACGUGUUCCACUAUGCGGACCUUCCCGCCCAGAUGAUCAUCGACGCGGGGCUGACGUUGGCAGACACGUUCCAAGUGGCCUGUAGAUACGUCGAGGGGCGGAACCUACCCUUCCGAGUGGAGCUCUUCUUCUUCGACGAGGGACGCCUGAGCGAACAGGACUUCGCAGAACAGGUUGCUGAGGUCAGCCUGCGCCGGGCGGCGUCCUCCAAGGACGUCGAAAUGUACCUCCUCAACUUCAACGUCAACAUCGCGCACGGAAUCCAGGAGGGAGUCGCGAUCGGCGGUGGGCACUUCGCGCUCCUGGGAGGAUGGGACACGGACGGCCACCUCGUCAUUGCUGACGUCAACCCCAAGAAGUACCUGCGAUACUGGCGGUGCACGCCGAACCGCAUGUUCCGAGCGAUGCAGGACAAGGACUCUACCUCUAAGCGGUCGCGGGGGUGCAUCCGGAUAACCCACAAGGAUAACCCGUACACUAACCCGUGGCCCCAGGAGGCGGUUUGGAACCCGCCAGGCAUUCACAAGGGGAUCGCUGGGGUCGACGAGCGCUCCCUGCACGCCCCCAUCGCGUGCGGCAACGUGACGGCCAUAGCGUAUGCUCUUUCGGCGAUCGGCAAGAAGACGAGCGUGGACGAUAUCUUCCACACGGCCCAGCUGCCGCUGCGCGCCGUGACCGACGGGAACAUGACGCUCGCCGACACUUUUCACACCAUGGUCGAGGUGGUGCAGACCAGGCAGCUGCCAGUCAAGGUGGAGAUUUACCACAUGGACGACAACAAGAUUCUGCCUGAGACAUUCUGGCGCUGUAUGAUGGACGCCGUAGCGAACCAAGACACAGCGGUGAUUCUCAACUUCGACAUCGACACUGCUCUGGGCGCAAAGGUCAACAUUACAAGCCACGCGUCGGGAGGAGAGUACGCGCUAGUAGCAGCUGUCGAUAAGGAGAAGGAGGAGGUUAUCCUGGCAAGUGUCCAGCCCCGCUCCUAUGCGCGCUACUGGCGAUGCGCGGUUGGCCGCCUGUUUGCCGCGUGCAAGAAGCGCGACUUGUCCAUCGGACGUGGCCGGGGCAUGAUCCGCGUCGUGAGCAAAACUUCCAACGCCAACCAAGCGCCCGCGCCCAGCCGACUGAACAGCGCCUUCGUGUGCGAGGCCGCGGAGUCCGCCCUCACCGCGUACAACAUGGCCAAGAUGGCCAACAGCGCCGAGCGCCGCGCAUCCACUUACGAGCGCCGGCAAUCCACCCUCCGCCGGAAUCUCGGAAUUCCGCGGGCUCCUUCCCGGGCCCAAUCCCGGAACCUCACCCAGACCGACAGCAUGUCGCCCAAAGUGAUGUCCAUCCUCGGGCUCGAGGGGGAUCCCUCCGGAGCAGGCCCCGGGGGAGUCCCCCGGGUGCAGUCCGUCCGCGCGCGGCCGCCGGAGCCGAUGCCGAGCAUCAUGGAGCGCCCGGGCCGGUACGACGUUCCCGUAAACAUUCCCGAGGAGGAAGACGACGACGAGAAAGCCGCGGCGGGUGCUAACGUGCAGCCGGUGGACGGGCUCGCAAGCGAUGAAGAGGAAGAAGAAGACGAAGAAAAUAUGGUCGGGGAACAGGGGAGCGACCCGGUUGCUGUGGCGGAGGCUCUCGGGGUUUACUCGGGGAAGCCCGACCGGCCGUUUUUGUUUUUCACAUACGGGACGCUGAAGCAGGGGUUCGCGAACCGGGGACAGUUCGAGGAGGCGCUUCACGACUUCGUGGGGCCACGUGUCACCAAGGAGAGCCUGCCACUUGUCGUGCCGACGCUGCCCAGCUGCACCAACGCGGGGUGCCGGCUGCUGCACCGUGCGUGCACGCUGCUGGACGCACCCGGCCAGGGCAGUGGCCAGGUUAUGGGCGAGCUAUACGCUAUCGACAAGGUAACGCUGGACGCCUUCGACAUCCUGGAGAACUUCAUACCGGACGACCUCGCAAACAGCUCGUACAUUCGCAAGCCGACGGCAAUCUGCAAACCGGACGGGUCAGCAGAGGCCAAGUGCCUAAUGUACUACAGCGCACAGACUUCGCAGAAACUAGAGGAGGUCGACAAGGGCAUUGCCAGCUGCGUUACGGAGUACACGCUCGACAUGGCGGCCUCCCAAGGCUACAAGCGGUGUUGCUUGAUGAACUACGACCACGAAGGGCCCCACUGGCACUGGGACGGCCCCCCCCCGCCGAAGAAUGUCGUCGCAUGGGACGGCCCCAAGGCGAACGUGCUAGUCGGCAGCGCCGCGUCAUCGGCCGCCGACAAGCUGCCGGCACUCGUGGAGGAACUGCUGGCCACCGGCAAGUUCAACGUCAAAGUGGUGCCGUCCGAGAAUUCGCGGCACUUCUUCCGGGAUGGCAUGCGGGUCCUCACAUCGGUACUGAAAGAGGACGACAUCUAUUACGACCACCAUGAAUGGAACUUCGAGUACACGUUCGGUAUGCCGGUGAUUGCUCGGCAUCUGUGGCUGCGCGACUGGGCCGACAUCCUCAUCAUUGCGCCGAUGACGUGUAACACGCUCGGCAAGAUCUGCCACGGCGUCGGGGACAACCUGCUGACGUCAGUCGUGUCCGCGUGGGAGUGGAAGAAGAAGCCGUUCAUCGCCGCGCCCGCCAUGAACUCCAUCAUGUUCGACAGCCCCGUCUGCCAGCGGAACCUCAAAACGCUCACGGAAUUGGGCGCCACAGUCAUGGGCCCGCGCAAAGCGCGCCUCUCCAACGGCAAGAUCGGCGUAGGUGCCAUGACGCUCAUCGAGGACAUCGUGCGCUUUGCGGACGAAGCGACUACGGAAGCCACCAAGCUUCCUUCCGCCCCAACUCUCGCGGAGGUCAAGUCUAGCGUCACCGGGAAAGAACGCUGGCGCCUCAAGGUCAAGGCGCUCGCGCACGCCAUGGCCAUCUCCGGCUGGCUCUCGCAUUCGGCGCUGCUCAGUGCCUUCCGAAAUGCGGCGAACUCAGACAAGGGCGCCGAAGCCUGGAAGCCAGUCCUGGCGUCUAUCCGGUCGAUGCCCCGCAUCAACUUCCGCAGCGAGACGGGCGACACUGCGCUGCACUUUGCUGCGGGAGGGGAGGGUCUCACGAGCAGCGCCGGAGAGUACAUCCAAGGCAACGGCAACGUGGAUGCUGUGAAGCUGCUGAUCGAGAAGGGCGCCGACGUAAAUGCGGUCAACCAUCCGGCGCCGAUCCGCUCAUCCGGACCAUCCAAGGCUGCCCGCGCCCCUACGUGCUGGCUGUCGAGAAGCAAGACCCGCGCACGCUCGCGUGCUUCGUGCUGUGGGAGGAAGACGACGAGAGCCGCAAGCUGCCCGAGGCCGACGAGAUUGAGAAGGAGAAGGCGGAGGGCGACGCGAUGGUACAGAUGGACGCAGACGCGGUCGCCAUCUCCUAGCCCGCUGGAGGUGGGGCAGCGGUGCAAAGCGCUAAGCUAG